AUGACGUUAACGACGACGCGACGGACGACGCGAGGGAACGUGAAAUUCAAAGCCGAGGCAGAGAACGCGUCGUUGACGGCGAUGGCGAAAAAAUCCGCGAGCGCGGCGACGACGCCGCCGGGGAAGGUCGUCGUGCACGAGGAGGUGGAGAAAAUCAACGCGCGCGCGACGAAUAAGCCGUUAAAGGCGAGGACAAACGAGAAGGGCAUGCGUGAGGGUGAAUCAAGCGCGGUGAACAGUUCGAAUGAGUCGUUCGCCACAGCCUCGAUCGAUCCGUGGGGCGCGCCUCUGGUCGUCGCCGUGGAGCGCAAAAGUCGCCAGGUGUCUUCGGGGCCGCGCGACUCGAUGACGACUGCGAGGAAGAAACGCGCGCAGGAAGAGGUGCCGAUGAGUCCGAGUCGAUACGAAAGCGUGAAUCCGCGCGUGGUUACCGCGACGAAACGGUCGAAAGAAGCGCGUUCACCGGUGCGACAGUUGACGGCGGCGAACGUCGCGUUUGGUUCGCCGACGGCGAUUUUAUCGGCAACAAACGGACCGCUGCGAGCGGAUACCGAUGAAGGUCGAGCGUACGUGUGCCCCGGACCCGAGCUUCCCCCGAAAGGCGAGUGUUAUCUCGGCAUGUGGCGCGGUGAAGAGCGCGCGCGGCUUCUCGCGUACGAAGCGUGCGUGCAAAGCUGUCUCGAAGGCUCGCUCGGAUCGUUCACGGCGCAGCGACGAUUCGACAUGGAUACGUGUUUGUUUUUCCUCAAUGAACGCUGCGCUGAGCUUCGUCGGGCGUUCGGUUUGGACAAUGUUCUAGUUGGCGUGCACUCGGACGAGGGAAGGUCGCCUGAACCGAAAACUCGCGUGACGCCGGAGAAGAUGCGCCGAGCGGAAUCGACGCGAGGCGUCGGCCCGGGCGCGGGCGGCGUGCGCUGGGCCGCCAUCACCAUCGCCGUCAUGGACGUUGAAAUCAUCGAUCGUGGUUUGAAAAAGUUCACCAAAGGUUGGGAUCCGCGCGAGCACGGUUGGCAACGCCCGACUGAAGCGCGUGGUCAGCACAUGAUUGUUCGCACGGAGGGUGGCCCGGGCAGCGCCGAGGUGUGCGCGGAAAUCGCCGUCAAGCAACCUGCGGUGCGCUUGGCUCUGGGACCAGGGGACAAAGAGUUUAUCAUCGAAGUGCCGCUCAAAUCUGAUGGCUCAAAAGUCGCCACGGCGCAAAUCGCGUUGGAUCAGCUCUGCAAGAGAGCCGAAGCUGGAGUCGUCGAACUGCCGUUGGAGCUCGAGGUGGAGAUGCCGGCGACGGAACAAGCCGCCGCGUACACGCACAAGUACGAGAAAGGGACGGUGAGUUUAAGCGCCGUGUUCGAAGCUGCGGUCGGUGCGGGUCUGAUGUCGGCACCGCCGGGCGCAGGCACGGCGCCUGACCGCUCGAUGCAGGGUUGGGCCGAGGCGAGUCACGUGCUCACGCCUCAGGCGGCGUACGAUUUCGCCCUCGGCGCCGCGCUGCGCGCGCUCGGUUUCACGCGACGUCGAUUGACAAUUCACGGUCAAUGGCAAACUUUGCUCGACGAACUCGCGAAAGGGCACGGUGUGUCGGAAACGUACACAUCGUUGCGAUACAUCCAGCACUUGUUAGCCGUGGCCACGCCGACGGCGGAUUGUUUAUCGCUGAUUAGAGAUCACUUGAAGUUGGCGUUGCGGCGUCAAGCCGAUGGUUCGCUCGGUUCUACGGAAGGGCAGAUGCUCAACGGCAUUCGCUCCGCCGUCAUGACUCUCGUGUGCGUGUGUCUCGCAAACUACAAGUCAUUGGACGAGAGCGAGUUUAGAGGCAUCACCGAAAGCAUACCGCCCAUCGUCCCCGCGCCCGCGCUCGACGUCUCCUUGGAGUUGUUCAAGGCGCUUCAGCGCGAUCCGAGCUCGAGUGGAGCGCUCGAGAUCCUCACAGAAAACAUCACCAGCGCCGCGCGAGCAUGCUUCAAGAAGAAUAAGGCGGUUCUCGUGAACGAAAAGCGAAAAUUGGCGGUGAACAACAAGGAUCUCGUCACGCAGCUGUACGUCGCCAUCGGAGAAUUGUGCGUGGCGCUCAAGAACGAGUUGGAGACGGACAGAGUGAUUCAGAGCGCUUCCGAGUUUCCAGGUGGAUUCUCCUUGCCCGCUCUUUCGGCGGAUAUGUAUUGCACGGAAGUUGCGGCGACGUUCAAGGACGCGUUGGACGCGUGCCCUCCCUCCGGACCGCCGUCGACGGAUGUGUUGGACUGCAUCGAGAGAUCGUGCAAUCUUCAAGCUUCGGCGUCUAUAGAGGAAAAGGAUGGUCAAAGAAUGGGUGCACCCAAGCUCGACACGCGUAAAAUCUUCCAGCCGCACAUCGAUGGCUGGAUCACGGCGGCACAGAGGCGUCUCGAGGUGCGAUGCGUCGCGGUGCUCACCACGAAGGGCAUCGUCGGCCCAGCCAUCGAGGAGGCUUACAUCGCCAUGAACGAUGCUUUGCACGGUUUCGAGCGCAUAGUCACGCGUUGGCCCGAUCAAGCGCUCGCACUUGAAAGGGUUCUCGUCAGCGCCGAGCGCUUGCUCAUCAAGCAAAUCGCCGAGUCGGUCGAACACUUGCACGUCGGCAUCGCGAACAAGGAAGACGGCGACGGAAAGUCGUCGAAGCCGACUUUGCGCGCCAAGGGCAACUGGAUGAACAAGUUCGGGAGCAUGAAGGACGGUGUGGCGUCUGUCGCUAAACGAACGCAGCAAGUGUCGCAGCAAGUGUCGAAACGUCUGAGUCGAGGAGACGCCGCGCACAAUGGCAUUCCUCCGGCGCUCGCCGCGGCGCUCAACGCGCUCAAGUCGAUGGAGAUUCGUAGAGCCGACGAAGAAAAAGUCGGGCAGCGUUUGAUGACUUGGGCGGUGAACGGCGGUAGUGCCGGUGCAGAUGAGCUCGGGCACGGCUUGACGGAAACGCUCGGCGAGUUGCGCGCGCACUACAACGGCUACUUGCGACGCGCGGUACACGGCGUGUACAGCUGCGGCCCGUCGUUGCGGGAGAAGCUGUGCAAGGCGAAGCCGAAGCAAGAGGUCGAACCCGUCGUCGCUCCGGUGCUCGCGUACAUCGAUGGUAUCAAGGUUUCACUGGACAAGAAGCUGCCGCAGCGACGCGCCAUGGUGGGUGUUCUUCGAGGAUUGUGGGACUCCAUCGGCGCCGAGUGCUUGGCGUUUUACGAGGAGGAUUUGCGGACGAAUUCCACAUGGCACAAGCGCGUGCUGGCGAGUGCCGCCGUGGAUAUCGUGAGCGAUAAAAUUCAGGAUAUUAUUCGUGAGUUCCUCGUGCACGACGUGCAGGACAAGGACGUAGAACCACCUUCGUCCGUGGCCAAGCUUCAAGCGUUUAGCUCGUCGAAUACGCGCGACUCCGUGCAGUUGUACUGAUGCCAUCUCAAAGUGUAAAAUAUACAAAUUCUAAAAGAAUACAGCCGCCGUCGCCCAAGCGCGCGCUAAUUUUGAAACGUUGUGUUUCGAUUGCCCGAACGAGGGAACGAUUUACUCUUCGGUCCCGCUUUGAACGGUUCGUCGUACGCCGCCUUGAAGCGCUGAUUGAAGCCCCGCUUCUUUUCGACUUCGAUCGGUUUAAAGAGCAAAUCUGUGCCGGUCAUGCCAAACUUUUCCUUCGCGAGCGACGCGAACGUUUUACGUGAUGCGUCCAAAUCAAAAUCUUGCGCAUCUCUCUUCAUCUCCUCUGUGAUUUCGUCUUCAUCGUCGUCGCUAUCGGUGCUUUCGUAACCGCGCAUCGUCUCGGCGCGCCGCGCUGCAAGUUCGGCGCGCGCGCUCGCGGCUUCAUCCGCGCGCGACAUCUCGUUGGUGGGUAUGACAAAUGGCAAGUGUUUGUCCACCUUACGCAAGGGUGCCGGAACGCGAACGCCUCCCGGAAGCUCGAUUUCCUCUCGAGCCGCGCGACGUUCGACGACGCGUUCAGACGCCUUGGACGCGGCGUUCGUCGUCGCCGCAUCCACGGCGAUCGUCGAGUCGUUCACCGGCGGCGCGACUGCGGGUUCCGCAUCGUUGCCCCACACGUCGAAUAUUUGCGCCAUCGGAAUCAUCGUCGACGCGCUCGCGUGGGAUGACUUCGCGCCUCCCAUGAGCGACGCCAUCGAUCCGCGCUUGCGCUUCGUCGUCGUCGCCGCCGCGGAUACGGGUGCCAAGACGCGCUCUUGCGCUGGGAGCGCCGCCGCGGUCGACGUGAGCUCGUUCGUGAGCGCGUCGCGUUCGACAGCGGGUCGCGCGGCGACGACGACUUCAGGGACGGCGCCCUCCGGCGCCUCCGCGCCGUUUGGCUUGAA